AUGGAUGAAACACUUCCAGAUAGCCAAGCUAUUACCGUUCCGGUCCCUAUUGCUGAAGUGACGACAGAAGACAAAUACAGGGCGUGCCCGAUAACGGAUGCAAGCCAUUUUGUUGUUCAGAGACUGGACUCAAUUAUGCUGUCUGUUGCGGGAAUUUCGUACGAUUCCAACAAGCCUUGGCCGUUCUGGUUCUUCAUCGGAAAGAUUUUAUCAAAGAGCCUCUUUGAAGUCGAAGGGCAACUUGAAUGGCUUAACGCUGUUAGAGUUCGGUCACGGGAGUUCAUUGCAUUCACCAAGGCCCAGUAUAAAUCGGACCCCGAGAAAGCAAAGCUUCAGAUUGUUGAGAUUGAUUUCCUCAAACCACAGCCAAAUGAACCACUGAAAUUAUUCUGGAAGCCCGCCAGGGGGAUCAUAUGUCAAAAAGUCCAAGAUUCCUCGUCGAUUGAGAUUCUGAGUAUUUGA